CAUCAUCAUCAUCAUCAUCAUCAUCAUCAUCAUCAUCAUCAUCAUCAUCAUCAUCAUCAUCAUCACUAAUGAUGGAAUGACCAUCGCAAUCUCCAAUGACAGGCAUAUACAUAUAGACACAUAUUACCCCCCCUGGUUCAAAUCAUCAAGAGAUGCAGGUGUCUAGUGAGCAAAACGACGACGACGCCGUUCUUAACCGGAAGCGGCAAGGCAGCACACGACGACUCUCAUCACCCUCACUCUCCCUCUCUCUCUCUCUCUCACUCUCACACGCACGCGCCGCGCCCACUUUGUCUUUUUUGCCGCUGGGGGGGCUGAGGAGAAGCAUGACGUGUGCGUGUUUCCAUCCUGGACCCUGUCCGUCUCCCCUUGGUGGCUCUCUUCAAGUUCCUACGGGACACACAUCCAUGCUGAACCCCACAGCAUCAGUAGCAGCACCAGUAGCAGUACCAGUACCCGUAGCCACCAAAGGGAAUGAACGAAUUGAAUGGAUCUUCUCAGGCUGUACUCGGAAUUGCAAUGGUCUGUCAUCGGAGCACGCGGGCGGUCUCCCAGAGCCUCAACGAGAGGUCGCUAUCACACACGGCGACGAACCACGCGCGUUCACAUCUCGGUAUACUUGAUAUUCAUCGAUCGAGACAGACAGAGAACAUCGCAGGCUGAGCCGUGAUGAUAAUAAGCGCCGUCCCGUGCUGGAGGAGAGAUACCUACCUACCUACCUAGGUAGAUAGUAUGUGAGGCGUCGUCAACCAUGAA